GAGAACAAUGUUGCUUUCAACUUUUCAUCAAUGACAUUGUUGUAAAUAAUGCAAACUUGCCUUUCUCUCAUUCUUCUUCGACCUUGCAGAGUAGAUGUUGUGCUGCCGUCAUGAUCUUCGCUCGUGAACCAGCUACCAUUCUGAUCUGCUUCGACCCACGUUGGGGAGUCCUCUUUUUUUUUUUGGCUAGCUUUUUUUCGUUACCAACCUCACGUCAUAUCGUUCGCCGAGCCGUCACCACUGUCGUUGUUCGUCGAGCCGUCACCAGUGUCGCCAUUCGUUGAGCUGUCGCCACUGUCGCUGUUCCUCAAGAUCUGUGCUGCUGCUGUACACCGGAGGAAGGGACGCCGUGAAGACCUCCGUUGCCGCUGUGCGUCGCUGCUGUACAGCAGAGGAAUCGACGUCGCUUCUGCAGUGAAGACUACACUUUGAAGAUAUAUGGCUACCCCACCUGAGAACAGUGGUGAUGCUCCACCCACUGAAGAAGAAGCAUUCAAGGAGGUUAAACGGGGUAAAACUGUUAUGAAAGCAGUAAUACGGGCUCGAGCAGCUGGUCGUAAAUUACCAGUAAAUUGGAAUGAUAGGGGCCAAUUGGUUAAGUCUCCUCAGUUGGCCAGUUACAUAGGGGUCUUAGCUCGUCAUUAUGUUCCCUGUUGCAUUGCAGACUGGAGAAAGAAAAAUGACCCACAGCUUGAAGAAGCAAAAAAUAAUAUAUGGGAAGAUUUGUGUAUAUCUUUUGACCUGGAUGAGAGUCAUAGGCAUUAUAUCAUGAGAAAAGCAGCAUAUGCUCAUAGAAAGUUUCGAGCUACCCUCACAACAUAUCAUCUAAAAGAUGCAAAUGAAGAAUUCAAUCCUCAUCCUCCUAAAAUGUAUCCAGAGAUCCAGCAAGAGCAUUGGGAUGAAUUUAUUAAAAUGCGCCAACAGCCUGAAUUUCAACAGAUCAGCCAGGUCAAUCGCUCUAGAGCCGCAAGUACUCCUUUUCAAUAUAGAGCAGGAAGAAAGAACUAUCCAGAUAUUGAACAUAGUUUGAGGGAAGAAGUUGGACCUAAUGCUCCAAUUUCUCGAGCUCUUGUUUGGAAGACUGCUCGAGAAGAUAAAGAAGGCAAAUUACCUGAUGAACGCACUCGAAAAGUCUGGGAGGAUUGUGAAGCAUUAUCACAAUCAAUAUCACAAGAUGAUGUGGGGGAGCAUGUGGAUGUCCUUGGUAGGGCAUUGGGAGCUCCAGAGGUCUCUGGUCGUGUUAGAGGAGUUGGAUUUGGUAUUUCUCAGGGCACCUACUUUGGACGUCGGUCUAAAAUUUUUACUGAAGAUGAUUUUAAUGCAAGGAUGGCAGAAAUGGAGGCGAGAAUGGAAAAAAAAUUUCAAGCUCAAAUGGAAAAGAGAUUUGAGCAAAUGAUUGGAGUUAUAAAUAUGCCACAAGGUAGCCCAGUGAUAAAGAUAGUUGCUCCUUCCAUACUAAAGAAGACUUUCCUAAGGUUAUAA